AUGGCGAAUGUGGCAUCUUCAGCACUAAGACAGGCUUCGCGCCUCGCUCUUAAGCAGUCUAUCGCCUCAACUUCUCUACGAGGACUUCCGUCCAUAUCAAAAGUAGCAGGUGUAACUGCCGCGCAGAUCGCCCGAAGGGGCUAUGUGUCGGAAACUAAACGCGAUAAUGCUCAGGUUAAUGUUGAGACGGCUAUCAGGUUAGAUAAGAAGGACUUCAUGAAUGAGAAGGGAGAGCUUGUUAUGCCAGGCUCUGGCAACCUCACAAACGGUAAAGUUAGCCCGAUGGCCGAAGUGCUAAAGGAGGCAACUGUUUUAGAGGAGGGUCAACGUCCCAUCUAUCUAGACAUGCAAGCUACGACACCCGUCGAUCCUAGGGUUCUGGACGCCAUGCUGCCAUUUUUCGUUGGCGUCUACGGCAAUCCCCACUCUCGAACACACGCAUACGGCUGGGAAAGUGAGAAGGCCGUUGAGGAAGCGCGAGCGCACGUUGCUAAAUUGAUCGGUGCGGAUCCUAAGGAAAUUAUAUUCACUAGCGGUGCAACUGAAAGCAAUAACAUGAGCAUUAAGGGUGUUGCGAGGUUUUUUGGCCGAUCUGGCAAGAAGAAGCACAUUAUCACAAGUCAAACAGAGCACAAGUGCGUUCUUGACAGUUGCCGACAUCUUCAGGAUGAUGGUUUUGAAGUCACGUACCUACCAGUCCAAAACAACGGCUUAAUCGACCUAAAGGAACUAGAAGCCGCAAUCCAGCCAACAACGGCACUUGUUAGCAUCAUGGCUGUGAACAAUGAGAUUGGUGUUAUUCAACCUCUGGAAAAAAUUGGCAAGCUAUGCCGGGAGAAGAAGGUUUUCUUCCACACCGAUGGUGCUCAGGCCGUAGGCAAGAUUCCCUUGGAUGUCAAUGCGAUGAAUAUCGACUUGAUGUCAAUCUCGUCGCACAAGAUCUACGGCCCUAAGGGUAUUGGUGCCUGCUAUGUCCGAAGACGACCGCGCGUGAGAUUAGAGCCUAUCAUCAGCGGCGGUGGCCAGGAGCGUGGCCUACGCAGUGGAACUCUCGCUCCACCUCUAGUGGUAGGAUUUGGCGAGGCCUGCCGCAUCGCCCAGGAGGAGUUACAAUAUGACUCGAAACGUAUCAAGGCACUGUCCGAUCGACUGUUAAAGGGACUUUUAGCGUUAGAGCAUGCAACCCAAAAUGGCGCCCCUGAAAGCUUCUAUCCUGGAUGUGUCAAUGUCUCCUUCGCAUAUGUCGAGGGUGAGUCGCUUCUUAUGGCUCUGAAGGACAUUGCGCUGUCAUCAGGCAGUGCUUGUACAUCUGCCUCGCUAGAGCCAAGUUAUGUCUUAAGAGCACUUGGAAACAGUGAUGAGAGCGCACACAGCAGCAUCAGGUUCGGCAUUGGUCGAUUCACUACGGAGCAAGAAAUCGAUUACGUUCUCAAAGCCGUUCAGGAACGAGUCACAUUCCUUCGCGAAUUAAGUCCUCUAUGGGAACUCGUACAAGAAGGCAUUGACUUGAACACAAUCCAAUGGAGCCAGCACUGA